ACAUGUGGCACACAUGAAAAUGAGGCUGAGAACGCGGAAGGCUUCUCAGCAGUCAAAUCAAAUUCACACGCAACGCGCUUUGAGGGCAAAGAGGAAACGUUCGGAGGUGGAAGAGAGCUUACCUGUCGGCAGAGGAAAACCGCAGAAAAAUGAAACUGGCUUGUUGUCUUCAAUCAAAAAGUUUAUUAAAGGAAGCACACCCAAGGAAGAAAGAGAAAAUCCUGCAAAAAGAAGUAGAAUUGAACGGGAUAUAGAUAACAACUUGAUUACGUCCACACCUCAGACAGGAGAAAAGCCUAAUAAACAGAUCUCCCGAGUGCGACGGAAAAGUCAAAUGAACGGAGAAGCUGGAAGUUAUGAAAUGACAAACCAACAUGUGAAGCAAAAUGGAAAAUUAGAAGAUAACCCUCCUACUGGCAGUCCCCCACGAACUACCCUACUGGGAACCAUAUUUUCUCCUGUUUUCAAUUUUUUUUCACCAGCAAAUAAAAAUGGAACAUCGGGAUCCGAUUCCCCAGGACAAGCUGUUGAAGCUGAAGAAAUAGUGAAGCAGCUUGAUAUGGAGCAGGUAGAUGAGAUUACUACAAGUACCGCGACAUCGACAAACGGAGCGGCCUACUCUAGCCAGGCGGUGCAGGUCAGAUCUGCCGUCAACAACGGCUUAGAGGUGGAGGAAACCAAUGACCGCGACCUCCCGCCACUUACAGCACCAGUAUCUCCAGACAGUGGCUACUCAUCAGCUCACGCAGAAGCCACCUAUGAAGAAGACUGGGAAGUCUUUGAUCCGUAUUACUUCAUCAAACAUGUUCCACCACUAACAGAAGAACAGCUGAACAGGAAGCCAGCUCUUCCACUGAAAACAAGGAGCACACCAGAAUUCUCAUUAGUUCUAGACUUGGAUGAAACAUUAGUGCACUGUAGUCUAAAUGAAUUAGAAGAUGCUGCACUCACUUUUCCAGUUCUUUUUCAAGAUGUCAUUUACCAGGUCUAUGUCCGGUUAAGGCCAUUCUUCCGAGAAUUCCUGGAACGUAUGUCUCAGAUUUAUGAGAUCAUUCUGUUUACUGCUUCUAAGAAGGUGUACGCAGACAAGUUACUGAACAUCCUAGACCCUAAAAAGCAACUGGUCAGGCAUCGACUUUUCCGCGAGCAUUGUGUUUGUGUCCAAGGAAAUUACAUAAAGGAUUUGAACAUUCUUGGCAGAGAUCUUUCAAAAACCAUCAUCAUCGACAAUUCACCACAAGCCUUUGCUUACCAGCUUUCAAAUGGGAUCCCUAUAGAAAGCUGGUUCAUGGAUAAAAACGACAAUGAACUCCUAAAAUUGAUUCCAUUUCUGGAGAAACUUGUAGAGCUGAACGAAGACGUCCGACCUCACAUCAGAGACAGAUUUCGCUUGCAUGACUUGCUACCCCCAGAUUAAAGCCUUUUGUCCCUUGCUGAAGGGGGAGAAAAUGCAGGACCCUUUUGGACUAAAACAAAACAUUGCCAUUACUGUUGAAAUUUUGCAUUUUUGUACCCCGUCUUGCUUUUCUUAUCUUUGGUGCCCAACAAUAAUCGAGGGUUGCAGGAGGAGACGCUCUGUCGGAGGUUGCGUACGCGCAGUACCGUGCCGUACCGCAGGAGGUAGGCUAGAACAGAAAAGUCUUUAGAACUAGUGCGACUCCAACGAGAUUUUUUAAUGUACAGGACAUCUGCAGUUUAUAAGGAAUUCUGUUUCUGCCACCAGCAGUUUGACCUGUAGAAACACAGGAUUUUCUGACAUAACAGAGAUUGAAAAUGGACUCGUGUUUUCUCUCUGUUUGGUGCUCUAAGUGGGUUUGUAGCCACUUUUCUGUUACUUUAAGAUUCUCAUUUCAACAGGAAUGGCCAGUAAAAGUUGUUUUCUUUUUUCCUGUUAAGGUUUAUAACCUUUUUACAUUUUUGACCUGUCUUAGAUUAGGAUUUCAUUAUGCAUUCCUUUUAGUUGAGGCGCUUCAUAGUUUUACCUGGAAAUAGCCAAAUUUUCUUAGUUUUUUAUUAAGCAGUUGGAUGGCCGUUUUCCUGCUUCGUCUGCCUGCAUACUGUAUAUUUGUUUAAAAUACUCUAGUUUAGCCCACGUAAGUUUCAUUUAGAAAGAAACCCCCCCCCCCGCAUUUAUAUUUUCUUUCUGUAAUAUUCUACUGUAGUUGAGAUCUUUUCCAAAAUCAAGAGACUGGCUAGAGAAGAAGAACGUAAGAAUUACUAACGCUCAGACUGUUGUAAACCAUGGUGACGGCGUGCGCUCCGGACAGCCGCUGCCUUGCAGCGGCGCAGACACCCGAUGGACGCGGAAUACCUCAGACUGUGCGGUGCGUGCGGAUCUUAAGGGAGGCCUGGCCUGGUCACCCGCCAGGCGGGACGCACUCCGGCGGCUGCUGCCCUCGUCUCCUCCGAGCCUGGCGCGUCCCGC